AUGGGAUACACCGACUUCUCUGUGAGCAACGAAUGGCUUGACAGGUACAAGAAAAGGAACAACGUGGUCUCGAAGACGCUGCAUGGGGAAGGCGGGGCGGCCGAUUGUGAGGCCGCCCUAAACUGGAGUAACCACAGACUUGCCGAACUGCAGAAGAUCAACAGUGACAGAUACAUUUUUAAGCUAGAUGAGGCUGCCCUCUUUUACAACAUGCUGCCGAGACGGACCAACACAACAAAGGGAGACGCAUCCGCGGGUGCAAAGCAGCGGAAGCACCGGAUUAUGAUUCUGUUUGGAGCGAACGCAACUGGAGAAGAGAAAUUGCCUUUCCUCGUCAUUGGCAAGUCGAAGAAUCCUGUGUGCUUCCAAAAUGCACGGCUGCUGAAAGAUGUCAUCUACAGCUGCAAUCUUCGAGGAUUACGUCCGCGUUCUCGACCGUAA